AUAUAAGAUUCUUUCCCUGCAGGUUCUCUCUCCUCCUUCCUGUGAUGGGUUCAGGAUGCGUUGCCCGCUCUGUCACGUUCUGAUAGCUUUGACCCUGCUCUGCAAUGCCCUGCUACUAUACUACACAUGGCAUUUGCAACUCCGCCCCUCAGGACACCAGGCCCUUUCCCAUGGAUUGUCUCCAGGAAUAACCGUCAUAGUACGGGAGUUCCGCACCUUCGAGCAUGGCCUGGAAGAGUUGAAACGCUCAUUCCUACAUGCCCAUCCCUCCCUCCCCCUCCUUGUAGCCUCAGACACCCUUCCAUAUCCUCCUUUGUCAGGAAUCCAUGUUCUGCGGUUGAAUCUCUCUCCAGAACAACCCAGCUCUGCAGCCCGACUGGACUCGCACAUUUACACCCGCCUCGUCGCUUUGGUUCCUGAUGGCACAACUUUGGAUCCUCCAGAUCUGUUAGACAGGAUGGCAAGGGCACUACGAGAUGCUCCAACAGGAGUGAGAAUCAUAGCUGCUGCUGCUGGAGAUUCCUUGCGCUGCUUGCACCUCAACAUUUCUCUACAGAAGUGGACAGCAGAGUAUAGACCAGCAGCAGUAGGAGAACACUGUGGGGCUGUGAGUGGAGCUGCCGUCUUGAUGUUACGUUCCCGUGACUUGUUUGAUCUGCCUUUCCCACUUGCUAGGCCCUUGCAGACCACUAUGUUUAUGCAGGCCUCACUGCGUGGUUGGGGAGUACAGGUGCUUUCAGGUGUCUCCUUCCCACGAACUCUUUUUCCUGCCACAGAUCACGGUCGCUGGAAAGCAGAACAGGCUGAGCGCUUGGAAGAGGCUUCUACAAUGAGAAUGCUUGGUGUGCGCCUAGUGAGGGGGCCUGAUGGAGCUGAGAAAUGGUUUGGCUGCUCUAAGGAAACCCCGAGAUGCUUUGGAACAGUGGUAGGAGAGACUCCAGAAUAUUUGUAUGAGGGACGCUGGACACCACCAUGCUGUCUCCGUGCUCUGAGGCUUACAACCCGGCACGUCAUCACAGUUUUGGAAGCAAGUGGUGUACGUUACUGGCUGGAGGGUGGUAGUCUCUUGGGAGCAGCCCGUCACCAAGACAUCAUCCCUUGGGACUAUGAUGUUGACCUUGGCAUCUACCUGGAGGAUGUAAAUUUGUGCACAGAACUGCGGGGGGCCCAAGGUGGCUCUCUAGUGGAUUCUGAAGGCUUUGUGUGGGAGAGGGCUAUAGAAGGAGAUUUCUUUAGGGUACAGUUUAGCCAACACAACCAUCUACAUGUAGACCUAUGGCCUUUUUAUCCCCGCGAUGGGGUGAUGACUCGGGACUCAUGGACAGGACACCCACAGGAUGUUGAGUUUCCAGAAAGCUUCCUACAACCAUUACAGACUCUAUCUUUCAUUGGGAUGUCAGUCCAAGCCCCCAACCGACAUAUUGAGCUGCUCCGUAUGAAGUUUGGAGACAGGGCCAUCGAAGAACCAGAGUAUCCCAAUCCUUCCUUGCUUAGAAUGCGGGGGAGGUGAGGUAAACCCUUCUGGCUGGAUAAAUGAUGCUUGAGCAUAAACUUAGUAAAACCAGAGCUAUUGUUUACCUGAGUAAUUAAGACAUCGGCACCAAACGACUUUUCUUGUAAUGUGAAUUUUAAAAACUGAAAUACAGACAUUUUAUGUAUUAUUAUGGAAAAUAAAUAAUUAAAUACAUUUUAUUUAAAAUUA